AUGCUUUUUCAAGUCCAACUCAGGUCUCUCAUCACAUUCCUUUAUCUUUCUUCUCCCGUCUUGGCCGUCCCAGUUCUGGAGGAAAAAGGCACGUCUUGCACUGCACCUGAAGGAACCGGAACCUGUCAAUCCACCUCCACCUGCACCACCAACGGCUUCAACAUCGCAGGCUACUGUCCCGGCCCAAGCACCACACAAUGCUGCAUCUCCAAAACCUGUCAGCCCUCUACCGGCGCUGCAGGACUCUGUCUCAAUACUGCUGAUGGUUGUGUUGGCGGAUCAUUCAUCGCGGGUUUCUGUCCCGGAAAUAACGGGGUGCAAUGUUGUGUGAAGGAUCGCGAUACGAUCGAUAAAGAAGAUGCGGAGAAGGGGAGCGCGAGUGGGAAAUAUGUGGUGCAGGCGGCGGUUGCGAAGGAGGGGGUGACGUAUGUUUUUGGCGGGGGCGGAUGUAAAGGGGAAUCAAACGGAGGGUUUGAUUGUUCGGGACUAACACAAUACGCGAUCUGCAAAGCAGAAGGAUAUACCAUUCCUCGCACAGCUCAACUCCAAUAUCACUCAUCCCUCGGAAAACGCAUUCCUCGCGCCCAGGCCAAAGCAGGCGAUUUUAUCUUCUGGGGCACAAAUGGUGAUUGUGUGAAUAAAGUUCAUCAUGUGGGUAUCUUUAUGCGCAGCAAUUGGAUGGUCAACGCGCCGCAUACGGGAAGUGCGGUGAGGGAAAGUACGUUCGAGGGGAGUAGUGAGUUGUGUGAUUAUGCAGUGAGGUUUUGGAAGGAUUAG